AUGCGGUGCUUACGACCCGCCACUCGACUCCUGCAAAGCUCAGUGUCGCGACCACUCGUGCGCACCUCCGGAGCCCUCUCACAACGCGAAUUCUCGCAUACAACGCCACGCAGGUUACUUGGCCCACCGUUGAAUAUCCCAAAAUGGAUCUCCGAGAACUCCCACAUGCUCAAGCCGCCCAUAAACAACUACUGCGUCUACAACUCCUCCGUAACCGUCAUGAUAGUCGGCGGUCCCAACGAACGCACAGACUACCAUAUCAAUGAAACGGCUGAGUGGUUCUACCAACACAAAGGCUCCAUGCUGCUCAAAGUCGUCGACACAUCCCAACCGCCCGACUCCCAGUUCCAAGACAUCCAUAUCCACGAGGGUGACAUGUUCCUUCUGCCGCCCAAUACGCCGCACAAUCCAGUGCGCUUCAAGGAUACGGUGGGCAUUGUGCUAGAGCAGAAGAGGCCCGAGGGCAGUCUGGAUCGGUUACGGUGGUAUUGCCAAAACUGUGGGGAGAAGGUGCAUGAGAAGAGUUUCCAUUGCACAGAUUUAGGGACGCAGAUCAAGGACGCGGUGAACACAUUCAAGGCCGAUACAGGAGCGAGGAAGUGUAAGAGUUGUGGGACGAUUUGCGAUACUGCGCCGCAACCAAAGGCGUGAAAGUGACAGAUGAGGUGUAGAGUUUGUACGAAAAUAGGUGUAUUAUACGAAGUCGCAGGAGAAGAAAAACGGUCUACAGCCCUUUCCACAUCAUCUUGGCGAUGUGGUCAGUCUUCUUUCUGCUGGGUUUAACGAGACCCAGGUACUUGAGCUCGGCGAGCGCGCGUUGGAAUAAAGCCCUAUAGACAUUAGUAAACAAAGACGACGUAAACUUUAUAGCAUGACC